AUGACCGUCAACCGCAGCGAGUACAGCGCCAAGGCCGGCGAACGCUACGUGUCGUCAAGCCGAAAGAAUCCGACUUGUUCGAGGGAGACGGCCACUUCGAAGGUCAGGACCCAGAAUCAGAAGGACUUCCAAGCAGGACGAGGCGAUCGCUAUGAUGCUGUGAAGCCUGGAGCAUCAGACAUCUCGAACAAGGAAGGCUGUGGCGUCGAGCAGAUGACCGCUGUCAACCGCAAGCGAAAGUACAGCGCCAAGGCUGGCGAACGCUACGAUGUCGUCGGGCCGAAAGGAGUCGGACUUGUUGAGGGGAGACGGCCACUUCGGAGCGCCAAGGCUGGCGAACGCUACGAGGCCGUCAAGCCGAAGGAGUCGGACUUGUUGAGGGGAGACGGCCACUUCGAAGGUCAGACCCAGAAUCAGAAGGACUUCCAAGCAGGACGAGGCGAACGCUAUGAUGCCGCUGUGAAGCCUGGAGCAUCAGACAUCUGGAACAAGGAAGGUGGCGUCGAGCAGAUGACCGUCAACCGCAGCGAGUACAGCGCCAACGCUGGCGAACGCUACGAUGUCGCCGCCGGAAGGAAAGGACUUCCAAGCAGGAUCGAGGCGAUCGCUAUGAUGCUCGCCAAGGCUGGCGAACGCUACGAUGUCGUCGUCAAGCCGAAAGAAUCCGACCUGCUUCGAGGUGAUGGUCACUUCGAGGGCCAGACCCAGAAUCAGAAGGACUUCCAAGCAGGACGAGGCGAUCGCUAUGAUACAGUACGACCCGGCGCAUCAGACAUCUGGAACAAGGAAGGCGGCGUCGAGCAGAUGACCGUCAACCGCAGCGAGUACAGCGCCAAGGCCGGCGAACGCCAUGAUGUCGUCAAGCCGAAGGAGUCGGACUUGCUGAGGGGAGACGGCCACUUCGAAGGUCAGACCCAAAAUCAGAAGGACUUCCAAGCAGGACGAGGCGAUCGCUAUGAUGCUGUGAAGCCUGGAGCAUCAGACAUCUGGAACAAGGAAGGCGGAGUCGAGCAGAUGACCGUCAACCGCAGCGAGUACAGCGCCAAGGCUGGCGAACGCUAUGAUGUCGUCAAGCCGAAGGAGUCGGACUUGCUUAGGGAGACGGCCACUUUGAAGGUCAGACCCAGAAUCAGAAGCGACUUCCAAGCAGGACGAGGCGAUCGCUAUGAUGCUGUGAAGCCUGGGGCAUCGGGCAUGAUCUGGAACAAGGAAGGUGGCGUCGAGCAGAUGACCGCGUCAACCGGCAGCGAGUACAGCGCCAAGGCUGGCGAACGCUACGAUGCGUCGUCAAGCCGAAGGAGUCGGACGGGUUGGAGGGAAUGGGCCACUUCGGAGAAGGAUCUCCAAGCAGGACGAGGCGAUCGCUAUGAUGCUGUGAAGCCUGGAGCAUCAGACAUCUGGAACAAGGAAGGCGGAGUCGAGCAGAUGAUCGUCAACCGCAGCGAGUACAGCGCUAGGGCGGGCGAACGC